AUGGCCGACGACGAGCAGAUUUCCAUUUACGACGAGGUCGAGAUCGAGGAUAUGACCUACGACGAGACGCUACAGAUUUACCACUACCCAUGUCCCUGCGGCGACCGCUUCGAAAUUGCCCUGUGCGACUUGAUGGACGGGCAGGAUAUCGGUGUGUGUCCGAGCUGCAGUCUGAUGAUUAGGGUCAUCUUCGAGGUGGAUGACCUGCCCAAGCCGCCCGGCCGAAGGACAAGCGAGCAAGUCGCUGUUGCUGCCUAA